AUGUACGCGCCUAAUGCAGAGCGGAUGCGGCGGUGCAUCAUUGUUCGUCCGCCCGGGAUGACGAUGAAACCAAAAGCUGUCCAGCACCAGCACUAGCUUUAGCAUCUUACACCAACACCCUCGAUUGUUUCUGACGCCCGAUUACCAAUCCACGGAAUGUCCCCUUUGAGCCGUUCCAACUGACAGUCCCUUCCCCCAUCACCUGCCAUUACAUCUUCCUUACCUCCGCGUACGCCCGGGUCGCUCCAUCCAGGCCACCACAGCGCAUAAACACCGAGGCAGCUAUGCCAGCGACCGAUUAUGAUGUGCGCGCCCUCGCGCUUCCGCUUGAGAAUGAGGAAACGGGUGAGACGCCAAUAUGGAGUCAGCGACAAUCGUCCACCUUCCGGCGCAGCGCCUCGCAUAGCAGCCAACAAACCACAUGGCGGCAACGCGCAAUGGGCAACUGGGACAAAUACUCGCGACGAGCCCUGGACCAGUACAACAAACUCUCACCUGCCAAGAGAGUACUGUUCAUUAUAGGGAAUAUACUUUUAUUAGUGGGCGGCAUACUGUUCUUGGUGUUCGGUGAACGGAUAUUCGGCGCCCUGCUGCCGAUGGCGAAGAAGUGGAGGGAUGUCACAGCAGGCUGGCUGAUACUAUGGGCCCUGAUAUUCGUCGUCUCCUUUCCACCUUUAAUUGGAUACUCCAGUCUCCUUACCAUUGCCGGUUUCGUUUAUGGCUUUCCAAAUGGAUGGUUCAUAGCAGCAACAGCAUCAGUCGCUGGCAGCACUGCAUCGUUUCUCCUUUCGCGCACGCUUCUCAAAUCCAUGGUCCACCGCCUCGUAGCAAACGACACCCGCUUCGCCGCCCUCUCUCUGACCCUCAAGCAUGAUGGCAUCAAACUCCUCAUCAUGUACCGCCUGUGUCCACUACCAUACUCCAUAUCCAAUGGCGCCGUCGCCACAUUUCCAACCGUACACUGGGCGUCUUAUGCUCUUGCUACUGCCAUUGUGUCGCCCAAGUUGAUGCUCCACGUCUUCAUCGGUGCCCAGUUGGAAAAGAUUGCCGAGAGCGGAGGCAAGAUGGACCCGCGCACAAAGGCACUGUCCUACAUCUCCAUCAUUAUCGGACUGAUUGCGGGCGUAACCACUGGCUGGCUAGUUUACCGCAAGACAAAGGCCCGCGCUGCCCAGCUUGAGGCUGAAGAGCGCGCUGGUGUCCGACGUGUAAGCAUCGAGGACUUGGAGAAUGAAUAUCACGAUGACCCGGGCGCGCUGGAAGCUGCCGAGCGGUUACGCGAAGAUGAUGAUGACAUUAGUCUGAGGACAGCAUGGGACGACGAGUAUCACGAUGAGCCCCCUGAGACAGGUGAUGCGGUGGAGAUUGGUGACGACCCCUUUAAAGAUGGCGAUACAAGCGAAGGAGAGGAGCAACACCAAGGAACAAAGAAGUAGACAGGCAUCUAUUGGAUAGAUUGAUGGUGUUUGGAUAAUGCAGUCAGAUGGCUUAGACUGGACAAUGGCGUCAAACAAUUUGAACAAUCAGAUCCGCAUUCCAACGCCGCAUGAGAUGAAUAGCCAACAAGGUUGAUAGUAGUGCCUAGUACAAUUGAC